AUGCGGAGCCAAAGCGGCGCGCGCGCGCCGCGCGACGGCGUCGUGCUCGAGACAGGAGCGUCGCAUGUGCGCCUCGGCACGACAGAGAUGCACACCGAGGCAGUUCCCGUGCUGGCACGGCACCCCAAUGCGAUCGCGCGCACCCGCGCGGGCGUCCGGCGCCAGGUGCUGGUCGGCGACGAAAUCGAGCACGACUGUAUGGAUUAUGGCGGGCUGCAGCUCCGUCUGCCGAUCGACCGGGGUAUGGUCGUCGACUGGGCUGCGCAGAAAGCGGUGUGGGACCGCGCGCUGGCGCAGCGGUUCGGCGAGCAAGGCAAACCCUACGACUCGUUUGGCGCCUUGGAGGGGCGGACGGUCGUCGUGACCGAGCCCUAUUUUGCGCUUCCCGAGCAGCAGCGCGCGUUUGACAUGCUCAUGUUUGAGUGGUACCAGGCUGCUGCCAUCUGGCGCACAAUACCCGCGCAGCUCGUGCCGUUUGCCGACCCACGCCGGGCGGAGUGCGUCCUGGUCGUCGACUGCGGCCAGAGCUAUACGCACGCAGUGCCGCUCGUGCGCGACGAGGUGCAGUGGCGCGCGGUGAAGCGCCUCGAUAUCGGAGGCAAGGUGCUUACCAGCCUGCUCAAGAUUGCGUUUUCGUACAAGCAGUGGAAUAUGAUGGAGGAGACCUACCUCACCGACAAGAUGAAGGCGACGUCGUGCUUUGUCGCUGCGUGCGCCAACGACCGCGAGGACAGCGCUGCGUCAGACGCGCCGCACGACUGGAGCUUUGCGCGCUUCGUCGAGCACUUUCACGACGACGACGAAAACGACAUGGUACAGCACUAUGUCCUCCCUGACUAUGCGCGCCCAGAAGACGUAGCGGAUCCCGCGACCAAGUUUGGGUACAUCAUCGCAGGGCCGGGAAGCAAGCAUGCGCCAGCUGUGCACCUCCCGGAAGACGAGGCGAUCGACCAAUUUAUCGUUGGCACCGCCGAGAACGCGGUGCCGCCCAAGAACACCGAGCACCAGGUGCUGCGCCUCGCCCAGGAACGCUACCAGCUCAUGGAGAACCUGUUCGCGCCCCAGCGCAUCGGGCUCGAGCAAGGCUCGCUUGCAGAGCUGGUCGCAGCGGCGAUCCACGGUGUCCAGGACGAGUUCCAGGAUCUGCUCUGGGGCAACGUCGUGCUCGUUGGCGGCACGGCCGGCGCCAAGGGCCUGCGGCGACGACUUGCCUAUGAACUCCGUACACUCGCACCGACCGAUGUGCCGGUGGACGUGCGCCUCGCCGAUGACCCCGUAAUUGCCCCAACGCUCGGCGCCUUGGCGCUGCUUCAGGCGCCGCCGCAAUCGGGCCCGGGCCAGUUCCUCGCUUCGCACCUUGUUACGCGCGACGCAUGGCUCAAGCAUGGCGGCAGUGCUGUCGGCGCGGGCGAACGGGGCGGCACAGUUGUCGGCGAUGCCCGUUUUGGCGACUGGAACGCGGCGCCCGCCGCGCCAUAG